CAAGAUGGUUCCUGAACGUGAAACACAUUUCUGGAUCCCCAAUGGAGUGCUUGCUUUUGCCUAUUUGGCCCCACUUUGGUUGACCAUGGACACCAAUGGUUAUACGUUAAAGCUCUUCAGCAUCAUCGGUCACACAUUGCUCUUGGUCAUCCAGCCCGAUGUGUGUUGUUUGGAUGGAUUGGUGGAAUAUUAUUGGUAUACAGCCAUAAUAGGAAUCAAUAUCAUCUCGCUCUAUCACAGUUAUCGGGAGACAGUUCUUCCCAUUAUCCCUCGUCAUCUCCAACCGAUUGUCUCUAAACUGUUCUACGAGUUUCCAAUCUCGCACAAGGAGCUCGGUUCAGUGUUGCUUUACUCCAAAUUUACUGGCAUAGGUGAAGAUGAGGUGUGGAUCAAGCAGGAUACCUCGUUCCCCAACUCGUGCUUGAAUAUACUGAUCACAGGUCAUUUGGGCGUUUUUUACCAGGGAGCUUUACUCCACGAAAUCAAACCUGGACAAUUCAUCAACUCCAUCGAGUGGAAGGCCACCUUUGUCAACGAGCUGAAAGGUUACUGGCUAUCUCAGGUAGAAGUGCGAGUGAUUGAAGAUUCCACAAUUCUCAUGUUGGACCGAGGCAACUUGAUGGGCAUGAAGGAGACGGCCCAUCACAUUUGGCGAAGACUCUUGGCACUUCUUGGUGCGGACAUUUUGAUGAAAACCAAGCAUACUCAUUGGUAUGUCAAAGAUUUCGCCAAGAAAGACAGGAGACACAGGGUGGCGAACAAUCCAUUGCUACGAAGUCUCUCCGUGGAUAAUUUAUUUGUGUCCAGUCAGAACGCCAUCCAAGGCUCCAGAGCUCUCCGUCAAAUGAUUUCUAAAAGAAGUUCUAGGAGACCCCUGGGGUCCUUGAAGCAACGUUUCAAUCAAACCAUGCUGAAAAAGAACCUGGGACUGAUGUAUUUGUGGAGUAAAUCAGAAUUAAGGCCGACCACAGAGACUGGGCCUUUGUCUAGUCUGUUCCAUCAGACUGCCAUGACUCCUGAAAAUCAGAUCUUUGAGGACGAAGGAGUGGUCGAAGACAUCGGAUGGGAACGGGCUUGGUACCAUUGUGGGCAUUGUGAGUUUUGUUACCCUUUGGAGGAAAAGGAGGAAGAGAUACAUCAUGCAACCGGUCGACAUUAAAUCGAGUUCACAUGGAAAAAAACGUGUUUAUUUCUUAUUUAUGAAGUAUCAACAAGAACGCGUACAUAAAGGCGCUUUCAAAGA